AUGAUAAAGACGUAUUUAGGAGAACGGAAAAAAGCGUUAUUCUUGGCCACGAGCUUCCAACCCCUGAAGAACGCCUUGGUCUUCAUCAACUUUAUCCAAAGUCGUCACGAACCCUGGGCCCUGGAUUUGACAGUUCACGGCCUGGGUGACUCGCACUCGACCUGGACGGUAGACGAUACUCUCUGGCUCCGAGAUCUACUCCCUCGUCUACCAUCGUUCCAGAGUGCCCGUGUUAUGACUUUUGGAUACGAUGCGAGAAGCUUUCUACGUUCUCUUUCCUUAUCCCUCCACGGAAGAACCUUCACCUUCGCGGAAGCUUUAUUGAAUGAUCUUGAGGACAAACGUUUUUCGAUUGCGGACAAAAACCGGCCGAUCAUCUUUAUUGGCCAUUCACUAGGAGGCCUGGUGGUGAAAAGCGCCCUCCGUCACGCGAACGAACGUCGCAGCUUAUACGGAACUAUCAGCUCCUCAACCCGUGCCAUCCUAUUCUUCGGAACCCCGCACCAGGGCUGCGAUGUCGCAGCAUACCUAUCCGGCCUAGGGAAAGCCAUCUUGUUGAAAAACACAGAAGUCGUCGAUGAGCUCGCAAGGUGGUCUGCGCCCCUCGUUGAACUGACUACAGCCUUUAGUGAAAUUGCACCGAGGUAUAACAUCACGACUUUUUUUGAGCAGAGGCCUACGAAUGGUGUUAUUAUUGUCCCGGAAGCUUCUGCUCGGAUGGGUCAGGGGAAUGAGAGGGUCCGAGGGUUGGACGCGGAUCAUCUUUCGCUUUGUAGAUUUACUGGGGCGGAUGGGACAUGGAACAUGGUGGCGAAUAGGCUUGAGGCCGUCGCGGAUAACAUUCGAAAUGAUAUGGCUGGUGAGGAAGCAAAGCCACAAGAUAAUGAGCUGUUGAAAUUGACUUUGAAAUUGAAUUUAAUCUUCGUGUUCCAAAGCAAGGUUGACGAUCAAUUCUUGGACGUCAAUUGGCCACUCAAGCGCUGCGUGCCAGCGUUGGAAGCCUGGAUGGAAGCCUAG